AUGUCGCAGGAUAGAGAUAUAUCAUCGUUGAUAAUAAAUCAAACAUUUAAAAUCUAUAAAUCCAAUUCAUCAUUAUCAUCAUCUAUAAAACUAACUAAAAAGCAAUUGGAAAAAUUUCGAAUUACUCUAUGCAAAUAUUUGUACCAAAGAUAUCAACAAACUUUACAAGUGGAAGAUGAUUUACUAGUUCAAUAUGAAUCAUAUCGUGAUAUUGUUCCUGAACUUACUAUUUAUAACAAUUCAAUUGAAGAACAUUCGCAAUACAAAAUUCAAUAUUUAAUUAUCAAAUGUGCCAAUAAUCGAUUGAUUUCUCGUCAAGUGUUUAUUUUUGUUAGUAAUGAUGACGAUUUCACUUUGGUAUUAAAUAGAAUCACCAAUCACCCAAGUAUAAAUGAAUAUAUUUUAGAAUUAUUAGAAGAUAUUAAUGAUUAUCCUUUAAUUAUAAAACCUCUAGAUUUGCCUGAUUAUUUAAUCCCCAAUUUGGUCGAUCAAUUAGGUGACAAAUUGGAUUCUUUGGGUGAUUUACAUUUGGUUUAUUCUUCUCCAACAUCUAAUAGAUUAAGAAAUUUCAUCAUUGAUAUUCCGAAAAAGGAUUUACCAAAAUUAUAUAAUGAUGGGAAACUAUAUCAAGACAUUGUGAAAUUUAUGUAUAAUAAUACCAAAAUAAAAUUUGAAAAAUUAAGAAUAGAAAAGUUUGUUAAUAAUUUAAUUAAUAUUGCUAAUGAUGGGAAAUUCAAAUUAAUAAUUAAUGAUAAUCAACUAAUAUGGUUCUUAAUUGAAUCUAUAAAGUCAUCGUUGCAGUAG